AUGAGAAAAAACUACAAGCCUCCGGAUAGCCAAACACGGCUGACAGUAAAGACAUCUUCUAGUAAGCUUCGCGAAGCUAUUCGUCCCAGUACUCGGGGACCAGGAAAUACAACUAAAAGUAUCAACAACAACACCAAAGGGAGUCAUUUUAUUGAGGAGAAGAGAAACAGGAGUAUAAAAAAAAGCUACGUGCUGGAGAGUGAAAGUGAAGAUGCAGAGAUUGAUAUGCCUGACCUUGGUGACGAUGAUGAAGAGGAAGAUGAGGAAGAAGACGAUGAUACCGAUGAUGAUGGACUAAAUCAUGGAAAUAUUGAUGGAGAUGUUGAUAUGGGCAACGAGAUUACUGCAGCUCCUACGAAAAAACCGAAGAAUGUCAUCAAACAGCUCGUUAUACCUAGAUCAGCACCGAAAGGUACUUCAGCCCCUCAGUUGAAGCAAAAACAAGUUCAGUUUCAGGCUAGUGACGAAGAUGAGCUGAGCGAGUUGGAAAGCAAUGCAGGUGAGGAAGAUGAUAAUAUACGGGGUGGCGAGGAAGAUGCUGAAGGUGAGGAGGACUUGGAGCUCGGAGCUGAAGAUGAUGAUGAAGAGCCAGAAAGUGGAGCAGGGAGCCAAGCUUCUACACAUGAUAUAAACAAGCUCACCAAGCGACAAAGAGCCAGACUUCAGGAAGAUGAUGGAGGAAGUUUGAUCGCUCUACCUGACGAAGUUCAAGUAAAGAAACAUCUCACUGCAGAAGAACACGCUAUGCGACGCGCUGAAAUGGCACGCCGACGCAAGAACUUGAGCGAAAAGCGUAACGAAGAAGAAAAAUUGGAAACAAUCAAUAAGUUACUGAAAAAACAAGCUCCUAAGACCAAUUCACGACGUAGAGACCUUAAUGCGGCUACCGCCGGAGACAACAAUAUUGAAUAUUCCGAGACUCCAAAACCCGAUCCUACCCUUGUACGCUGGAUAAGUUCUAAAAGAGGUAACCAGAUACUGGUACCUCAGGAAUGGUUAGACGGUCCUGUGGGCGAUAUAUUCAUGAACAAAACUCGCUCAGAAAACUUCACGGUUGAAGAAAGAGUUGGAUAG